CACAAACACGUCAGGUAAAUAAAUGAGUAAUUUUACCAGUUAAUAAUUAAUGUCCAGCAUUAGUCGUUAUUAGCCUUUGGUGGCUAUCAGAACAUAAUCGAUAAAAUAAAAUUCUAAAAAACUUUCCACUACAAAAUGGCAACAUAUGAAGAAGUUAAAGAUGUGCCUAAUCAUCCCGAAGUAUACUUGAUAGAUGUAAGAAACAAAGAUGAAUUGGCUUCAACUGGUGCGAUACCCGGCAGUAUCAAUAUUCCACUACCCGAUUUAGGUCAGGCCUUUGAAAUGUCUGAUAAUGAUUUCAAGACUCAUUUUAAUCGCGCCAAACCAUCAUUAGAUUCACCAUUGAUCUUCAGUUGCUUAAAAGGUGGCAGAGCCCAGAAAGCUACUGAUAUGGCUGUAGCUCAAGGCUUUAAAAAUGCUAAACCUUAUGCUGGUUCGUGGACCGAAUGGGCUCAAAAGGAAGGCUUGUAAAUUAGCUUACUGCUCACUUAAUACUCAUUUAAUUUAUUUAAAAAUAUUAAAUUAUUUAAAAUAAACUACUGUACUCGUCGUUAUACACAAAUUUCAUGAAUAAAAUGCUUUGAAGAUAAAAAUAAAAA